AUGUCCACUGCCACAAGUGAAUUUUUCCAGCUUGGUAAGUUUGAUGUGGUCGGAUCACUUCAGCCUAUCCUGGCCGCUCCAGGUGAUGAUGUCAUCCUGCCAUGUCACGUGGAGCCAAAGUUUAAUGUGGCGAGAUUGACGGUGGAGUGGUCGAGGCCCGAUCGUCGUCCUGACCCCAACGACCGUCUGAGUCGAGUGGAAUAUGUUCAUCUUUACAGAGACGCCCGAGAGGUCCCCGACAUGAAGAUCCCAUCAUACUUCGGAAGGACGGCGUUGUUCACAGACGGCCUGAGAGAAGGAAACAUCUCACUAAGAAUCACUAAUGUGACACAAGAAGAUGAAGGAAGAUACAGAUGUUUCAUCCCAAAGUUAAAUAGUCAAACAACGUCUUCAAUUGUUCAUCUGAUUGUUGCUGAAACUAUGACAACCGAGACACCACUGCAUCCUGAAACUCUCCAAACUCCUGAGCCGAUGGACGAGUUUCACAGUAAAGGUGAGAACAUGAGGAACAAAUCAAGACAAUUAAAAAGUCUUGAAAUGGAUCUAAAUCACCUUUAUGAUGCAGUUUUCUCUCACUGA